GCCGGGCUUUUUGAGCCCAUCCGCCGGCCUCAAGUUCGCCGACAUCCCGAACGGACUCGCAGCUAUUUCCAAGGUGCCAAUGGCAGGCUGGGCGCAGAUUGCCGCGUACUUUGGCUUCGUAGAGUUCAGCGGUGGCUUCGAUGACUACAAGACCGGCACCCCCGGCGACUAUGGCUUCAAGGUGCUGACCUCCUCCGAUCCGGCCGAGAAAACCAAGAAGCUGUCUGCC